UGGGCUGGAUUUUCUAGUCUCCAGCAGAGAUAAGAAAUACGGGGAAGGAGAAGAAGCGAGAGGAGAGAAAAGAAGAAGAAAGAAAAGAAAGAGAGAAGGAAAGAAGAAGAGGAAAAGAAAGAGAGAAAGGGAAGUUCUGAACUUCAUUUGCAUGGAGAAUCAACCAAAUUUUUGGCAGAAAAUGAGAGGUUAUGAUCAUGUAGAUGUUUAUGAGCAUUCUUAAUUCCUGGAUCAUUCUCAAAUAAGUAGAACUUGGGUGUGACAACAGCCUUCUACCAUGGCUUCUACUUCUUCUACUCCUCCCGAUCAGUGGAAGACAUGGGAUGCUUUCAUUAGUUUUAGAGGCAAAGAUAUCCGUCAGGGUUUUCUCUCCCAUCUCUUUAAAGCUUUGUUGGGAAAACAAAUCAAUGCCUUCUUGGAUGAAAACCUUGAAAAAGGAGAAGAGAUCUCAAGUUCUCUACUGGAAACAAUUGAAGAUUCAUACGUUUCAGUAGUGGUUUUCUCUGAAAAUUAUGCAGAUUCCCCAUGGUGCUUGGAUGAGCUUGUAAAGAUAUUUCAAUGCAUGAAAACAUCAGGACAAAUAGUCCUACCAGUUUUUUAUCGUGUAGAUCCAACUGAUGUUCAAGAGCUGAGAGGGAAUUUUGGAGAGGCGUUUAGUAAGCAUAAAAAAGAAGUAAAAAUUUUGGAAGGAUGGCGCCAUGCCUUGAUAGAAAUAAGCAACUUAGCGGGAUGGGACUCACGCAACAUCAGGGAACUGAAAAUGUUGAAGGCAUAUCACUUAACAUGUAUGAGUCGAGGACAAUUGCAGCUUCCUAGCGGCCUUGAAUUUCUACCAGAAGGGCUAAGAUAUCUUCACUGGGAUAGAUACCCUUUGAAUUAUUUGCCAUUGAAGAGUUGCACAAAAUAUCUUGUAGAACUCCACAUGCCCAGGAGCAACCUCACAGAUCUUUGGAAUGGAGAUGAGGCUCUUGGAAAUUUGAAAUUUUUAGACCUCAGUAACUCUUUGGAGCUGACCAGAGUUCCAGACUUGUCUAGCGUCCCAAAUCUUGAGGUUUUACGUUUGAGCGAAUGUAGAAGCUUGAUUGAGAUUCCUAGCAGCAUUGGCGAGUUAAAAUGUCUGAAAGAACUUAAUCUAAUGGGAUGCUCAAAACUACUUAGUAUUCCCCAAAGCAUCUGCAAUCUGAAAUCUCUUACACUCCUUAGUAUGUCAGAUUGUUUGAAUGUCACUGAAUUGCCAGAGAACAUAGGGGAUUUACAAUAUCUAGAGACCCUUCAUAUACUUGACAGUGGAAUAAAAGCGUUGCCAUCAUCCAUCAAUCAAUUGGAAAAUUUGGUUUCCUUAAAGUGUAAAGGCUGCAAAGGUUUGACAUUGCCUCCGUUGACAGGUUUGUCGAGUUUACAGGAAAUGGAAUUAAUGUACUGUGGCAUAUUAGAAAUUCCCGAGAGUCUUGGGUUUUUAGUGUCAUUGAGAUCCUUAUUUUUAAUUGAAAAUAAUUUUGAGAGCAUACCGGUAAGCAUUAAACAACUAUCUAAGUUGAAAAUUUUUUACUUGCUUGGUUGCAAGAGACUCAAAUGUUUACCAGAGCUUCCAUCAUGCUUAGAACAGUUGCUUGUACGGUGUUGCACAUCUUUGGAAUCUGCAUCAACUUCAUUCCUUUUCCCAGAACAGGAAGACGAAGAUAGAAUCGAAAAUAUUCUUGAGUUUACUGAUUGCAUCAAUUUGGAUAAGGAGAAAGUAAUGGAGAAUGUAUUGGAAACGCAUCUGUUGAAACACAAGAUUGUUCGUUUGUGUAUUACGGGGGAUGAAGUGCCUCGAAGGAUGAGAUAUAAGAACCAGAGUGGAUCUUCUCUUUCAUUCACACUAGAUAAGCCAAACUUGAUUGGUGUUUCUUUAUGCCUUGUUUUUGAUCCCAAAAAUCAUUAUGGUUAUCAUGUUAGGUUUAUUUGCGGAGCCCAAUUCAUUGAUAAAUCUAGACACAAAAUAAAAAUUGCCAAGUUCAGUUUUCGUUAUGCUUGGAUGACUAAUCUGUUAGAAUCAGAACAUGUGUACCUUUGGAAUGAACUGUUCGACAUGGAAGACAGUUUUGUUGAGGCCUCAUUUCACUUCUUCAUUGAACAUUUUUCACUCAAGCCACAACAUAAUUUCGAGGCUAUAAUUAAGUGUGGGGUACUUCCUAUAUUUCGAGACGAUUGCCUUCACAGAGAUAAAAAGAGAAGCAGAAAUCAAGAAGAUGAGGAAGACGAACCUUAUUCUCUUCAAAGAUUGAAACAAGGCCAAAAACCUUGCAACAGCACUACCACCACAACAGAGUCUUAUUAAGUGUUUAAAGGUUAGAAAUUAAACAAUAUCUUUUGUUCCAUAUUCUAUUUAGGCAACCUGAAUUUUGCCAAAUUACUCUAUCCAGUGUUCACUCAUAUUGAUGGGUAUUAUUGCUAAACUACUAUAUUAUGUUGCCUUACUCUCUUAUUUUUAUUAUUGAAUUUCAUUUAUACAUGAUCUUUCCACAUGAAUUUCAUUAAGUGUUUAAAGGUUAGACAUUAAACAGUAUCUUCUGUUAGACAUUUAAUAAUAAAAUUUAUCUCUUAAAUUUAAAAUACCAUAAUAACCACUAAUAACUGCAACUUUGAUUCAACUUUGAAAUCAUGACACGUUCUUACUAUGAAAAUUCUUCAAUUAAAUUGCAUUUUUUAUUGAUUGGAGAACUCAUCACAAUCGGUCCUAUAGUGAUUUAAGAGUUCAAAUCAAUUAAGUUUCUUGUUUAUGCUGCUUGAUCUUGUCUUGUAGGUCUCCUCUUUGUUGCAGAUUCUGUACUUGGAGGCUUUUGUAUGCGACUUUUCUGCAGAAUUUUCUGUAGCUCUCGGCUUGGUUUUGCUGCUUUCUAAACCUUUGACUUUUCUUCUGCUGACAAUUGUUAUCCUGGACUUUUAUUUGUUGUCUUUUGUAAUGAAACUUUGGUACUGUCUUGUUAGUGUGUUUUAUACCUUUCUUUCUAUGUUUUUUCACUUAGCAUACCAUUGUUAGGUGUAGUGGGGAAGCCUAUCGGUUUGGUUUGGUUGGCAACUGAUACAUGCAUUUUGCAUAGUCAUUUAGGUUAGAUUUCAUGUCCAUUUCAUUUAUUUGUUAGUCGCUUUUAGCUAAUUUUAUUAGUUAUUUAGAUAA